GGGAAAUAACCAAUGCUGAACUAUGAGAGCCAAAAAGGAUGAAAAACCUGGAGCUAGAAUCAAUGAAAACAAAUGUUUUGAUCAAGUUCUGACCAUAGAAUGCUCAGCUGAAAAAGAAAUGCUUGAGCCACUAGAAACUGCAAUCCGAUAUUGAACUGAAGAAUACGAUGAAGAUGACCUUCUUACCUUCAUCGAUACCUCAAAGGUUUAUAAAAACCACGAAGAACUACCUUCAAUAUUGGUAAACCCAAAUGCUGACUUAAAAAAUAAUAUUUCUUUGGUCAAGAAGAUGAAAAAUUAUUCUUCCACAAGAAGAAAGCAUUUUUCUCCAAAGCUUGUUAGAGCCAGACGUUCUAAAAGCAAUGUUUGCUGUAAACCACCUAAAAAAAUAAUAAAAGCAAGCCUUAAAGCCUCUAAGAAAUCACGUAAAGUUUACAACAAAUCUGAGAAAUGCCAAGAUUCUAAACCCUCAAGCAUCAGAAGACUUAAAAUGGAGAAUAUAGUUUCCUACUGAGAUGAAGAAUACUUUCCAACUUUAGAACAAAGCAAGCAGAAAUCAUUACCCAAGAAAGCCUUGAAGCUCAAGGAGGAGUAUAACUGCUCUCUUGAUGACGAAAGUGUUUCAUCAGUUAGUAUCAGCACUCCUUAAAAACCAACAAGUAUAUUACAAGUCAUCCUUUAAAAAGUUGC